CGCUGGUUUGUCCUGCAGGUGCUUUGGGCGUUAUCUAAAAUGAAGGGCCAGACCUGCAGCGCCGCUCCUCUCUCUAUAGGUCCUCCUAAAGAGAAGACACCAGAAAAACCGACCCAAUCAACUGAGCGCUGCCAUGCGUCCUCCUCCACUCCUGUCCCGAUUGACCCAGACUGCGAUUUGGAGGUGGAGAGCUUCAUGAUUGAUGUAGGUGAUCCGUACAUACUGUCCAUGUCCCCAUCUCAGUCUCAUGGUCCACCAAAGUUCAGUCAUCUAAUUUCAGGCAAACACAACCACUCAACCCCCAGACUCAAGAGUCGCCACAACAUUGGAGCAGCAGUGCUGGAGAAUGUUCCUCGGAGGAACCUAGGAGGUGUGUUGGAGACCGUGAACCACUCCCGAAGCUCAAGCCCCAACCAUUCACUCGCCAACAACAGUUCUUUUUCAGGUCGCCCGCUGUGCAGCGGUAUCACUCGGCUGGGCCAGCCAUGCAAAAAGAGGGCUCUGGUGGGUCAGGACUACUGUAGACUACAUGAGGGUGGGCACACCUCCUACAGUGGACUCUGAAAUGGAUUCAGCAUCUCUUGUCUUUUAUUAGACUUCAUUUAUGUUUGCUGAAUAUACAUUGAAUGCUAGAGCACUUUUCUCUUUUUAACUAUUUACUCACGGUAGCUUGACUUUUUGGUCAUAGUGGGUUUUAUUUCAUGUUUGUUGUGCCACUUAUGGAUGUAUUCCGCAUUAUUUAUAAUAAAUUAUGAAAAGUGAGGUUUAAGAUGCACGCUUUUAAAUUUGCAAGUACUUAUGGAUUUCUCCAUAUUGUCUGCAAAUGCAUGGUCUUACAAACAUUUUAUUAAAGUAUUUUUGGAAGAAAAUGAUCUAGUAAAUGAAGGGUGUGUCUUUAGAGUGCAUUUGUCUGUCAAGUUAAUGAUUGAGAUGGAGAGAGUUCAGUUAGUCACAGGUUAAGUGUAGAAACAUCUCAAAUGAUCCAGAAAAAAAUUGGAAGUGCCAU